AUGUAUGAUGUGUUUUCAUUUUAGGGUCUUAGUCCUACAAUAGCAUUCACACCAACCUCUGUAAUGAGAAAAAUCCAGUCAGAAAAGGCUGAAAACAAGGAACAAAAAUCUGUUAUUCAGCAAAAUGGAAAUAAAUUAAUUAGUUCUGUAGAAUCAAGCUCAAGGCUGUCUGACCCCCAGAAUAUUCAGAAAAUCAGCUCUGUGGGUAUUUCUGCGUCAGGUAUUGAAUGUAAUUACAAUAGUGUAAAUAGCCAUCUUGUGACUUCUCAGAAUAAUAGUGGUUUAAGUCAAGUGCCUAGAGCAAUUUAUGGACAAGGUAAUUCUCAGCAAAGGUCCAUUCAUGGAAAUGUGAACUCUGUCGGACCUUCAUUAGUUAUUCCCAAUCAAGGUCGUCCAAUAGUCAAAGUAGGGCUAGGUCAAGGGAUGAAUUCUAAUAAUGACAUGUCAAGAUCGGGUAUUGUGUCUAACAAACCUGUUACCCAUAACAAGACAUUUUUGUCAAGUAAUUCUCAAGCCCAUAACCUGCAUCAUGAUGUAGAUCCAAAUUUUGAUACAAUGGCCAAGUUUCCCUGGCAUCAUCAGCUAGCACGUCAGCAGAAUGCUUCAUCCAUGCCACAAUUGCAAAUGGCUGCUGCAACUUAUGCUGCUCUUAAUCACAGACCUUCAUCUCUGAACCCUCACCAUCCUAGUCUCAUGCGACCUAAUAUUGCUUCUGCUGGAAAUGUUUCUGCCACUAAUAUUAAUUUUCCAUUGCUUAGGAAUACUGUGCAAAAUCCCAUUAGAGCACAAACUAAUGCAAUUAAUCAACUUAGCCAUUUGGGGCAUCUUGCCGCACUUCAAAUUCAGCGAGGUGCUAUUGAUAAUAGGCAACUGCAAGCUUUAGCUCAAUCUCAACGUUUUCAUCCUGCUACAUUACAGCAACUUCUUAUGAAUUCUCAGAAUCAAGUAACAGCAGCCCAAGCCCAAGUCGUUGCAGGGUUUCCUGGAAAUAGAGAUGUGAAACAUCAGCACCUUCUACCAGGACAGUCAUCAACCAACCGUCAGUCACCAGUCAACCUUACAAAAUGGUUUGGUAAUGAUGUCCUGAAGCAGAAAAUGCCUGAAAUGCCCCCUGUCUCUCACCAGAAAGCUCUACUUGUAGAAGAAGUUGAAAGGCAGCAGCAGUCUGCAGUUGUUCAUAAUUAAAAAUAGAUGGUGCAGAAUGCACUGUGUUUGUUACAUACAAGGAAAUGAACCAUGGCCUCUUAAGAGUUACUAUUUUAUGGUUAGGUAUAUGUUAGUGCUGUCUUAUGUAAAGUGUCAUGUUCAAAGUGUUUUUUGAAUUGUUUUGAUCUUGUUUUGAUUGAAAAAUUAUGAAUUUAUUUGUUUUUGUGUACUUUACAUCUUUGCAAACUUGUGAAACUGUGAUAUUAAAAAGAAAUCUACAAUUUAGUGAGGCUGAUAAUGUUUGCAGGAUGUCCUUUGAGCUAUAGACAAUUUUUUUAGCGAUUUAUUUUUCUUCAGUAAGGCUUCCUGAAAAGGGUAUGUGGUAAUUAGGUGCUCAGAUUGUAUAAUGUGAGAGAUCAAUAUACUCGGUGAAGACAGCUAAAAUAUUUUUGAAAAGGAAAGUAAGCCAAGAAGGCUGUGUAUAAAUAUUUUUUUCCCCUCCUGACAGGAUCAACAAUACUUGUGCUGUACAGUUUAAGUGUUUUCUAUCUUUUGUGUCUCUUACUUUUAUGUAUUUUGGUGAGUGUGCACUGCACGAACCAUUAUUUGUGUGUACAUGUUUGCUUUAAAAAAAAAAUUAAAAAUAAAAAAGCCUGAAGUUUUAAAGGGCUGGGACAUUGUAAAUUAAAAGUUUAUCUCCCACUUGUAAAAAUAUAAAUAUAUGUGUGUGCGUGGGUGUGUGUGUGUAUGUGUAUGUAUGUGUGAAAAUGGUCCUAUGAUACUUGAUUUAGAACAUUCCUAACAUCAUGAAGAUGUCAGCUUUCUGUACAUUAUAUUUACCUUAUGUCAGAUACUGAGAGUAACUGCCUUAGGUUUAGUUCAAGGCAAUCUAGUUCUUUGUUAUAUUGUUAAUAAGGCAAUUUGUUGUUCUUUUUGGAACUUCAGAUGUUAUGUCUAAUACUUAAUUUGCAGUGUUGUAGCUGUAUGAAUCUACUAACUAAUGUUUAUUAGUGGUUAUUCUGUCUUUGAUUGAACAUUAUGCUCACAUUGUAAUCCUGCAAUGAAAAAUCAGAUUUUGUUUAUUACUAUGCCAUAUUAUUGUGCUUCUUCCCUCUCAGAUGCAUUUUUUUUUUUUUUUUUUAAAUUUCUUAUAGUAGCAGCCUGAUAACCGUAGUUUUAAUUAUACUACUAUAGCCAGUAAACAAAAUAUUAAAUACUUAUUUUUGAGAAGCUGGAAAAUUUCAAAGAAAGGGGGUGAGGAGCAAUCACUUAACCUUUCUAUAAUUUUUUAACCUUUUAAGUGUGAUUAGAAACUACUUUUUUUUUCCCCUUUUAAAGUUUUGCUUGUGAUCUUUACUUUGAUAUUUCUGUAGUGUACAAAAUUUGCUGUGCUGGAAAUUACGUUUGCUCAUGUGAAAAUUGCACUGAAAAAUAAUUUGUUAUAUAAGUUCUAUGCACAUUUGAAAUGAGUUUUCUCCUAUUUUGUUCAGAAGGUUUAUUGCCAUUUGAAUGUUGUUUGUCUCUGCUUAUAGCUUCUUUAUAUGAUCACCCCCUCAUGAAUAAAGUUUACUUCUACAAAUGUUUUGCAUCAUUUAGAAAACUUCUGUAAAUAUACUGUAUUCGGUAAAAUUCCUUUUGCUAAUGAAAGGCAAAGGGAGAGAAUGAAUUUUAAAUGUAAGGAAUUCAAAGAAUUUUGCUUACAGCUGUCUGAAUAAAGAAUUGAUUCUCA